UCUAACUAUUCCCAACUUUUAGGAUGUGGAGCACUGACCCGUAGACACCCGGUACCUGUCCAUUGUUCUCCUUUUAAACUGAAACUUUCUCUGAAGUCAAAGCAGGCACAUUCUGGUCUGCCGCAUUUUUUCUUUUUUUGCCAAGUCAGUUUGACGUGUCAGUGAAGGAGAAAUGAAGGACCGUGUUGCACAACUUUUGAACUCCUUUAACCCUUCUGUCGUUGCAGCGUUUUAUUUGUCCGUUUGUUUUUCUGUCGCAACACUGAGGAUCAAAACAAGCCCACAGAGUACAGCCCAACAGACAGGAAGCAGGAAUGAUUGCCAACACUGAGGUCACAAGUGAGCCUCACCCAAAGACCAAGGCCCUCUCUACAGUCGGCAAAGCUCCUUCGUCAGAGUCACUGUAACAGGAAGCAGACUCCACACAGAACCCUGGUGUGUUCAGAGGGGUCAUGCAGAACCUCAACCCAUUCAAGUCUACCCCCCAGGUCUCUAAAGCCGCAUCUUCAGAGUCACUGGAACACGCACGGGUUUCAGACACGAAUCAGAACCCGGGUAUGUUAAAAGGGGUGAUGCAGAAAGUCAACCCGUUCAAGCCUUCAACACAGGUGCCAAAGAGCGAUCCUCAAAACGAUUCUGCCGAUCCACAAGUGAUGGGAAAGGAACUUCAAGGCAAACAGAAUCCAUCGAUGAUUGCAGCAAUGAUGCAGAAAGUCAACCCAUUUAAAUCCUCACAGCCAAAGGACAACAAGCCUCUACACACGGACCUUUCCUCCAGCACUGGAAGCUUAGCAGACAGUAACAGCGUGCCAGAGAAGCAGGAACACCAAGCUAUUCACAGUGAGCAUUCCUCCAGCUCUGACAGUGUGGAUGACAGCACCAUAGAGAGACAUUCUAUUUGGUAUACCGAUGCUGAUGCCAGCUGCGAGGUGAAAAGCCAGCCAACGGAGGCACCGAAGAAAGGGACUAUGACUUUGAGAAUCAGGAGGAUUCUGCCCACUGCAUUAUUUGGAUCUGGAACAAAGGACUCCUCAUCUGACACGCAAGCACUGCCCCAGGAAGUAGUGGAAGUUCAGACACUAGAGAUGGCUGAAGUACCAGUGCCCAGUGAAGGAACGGUCCUGGACCCUCUAGAAGAUGAGGAAGGCCUUUUAGCGUGGUGGAGAACAGUAGGGGGCUGGGAUGAGUGGAAUCAGACCAACCAGAACGAUGAACCUGAAGAAGUGGUGGAACAAGCAGCUGACCGUGUCUUCAUGGCAGCUCAACUUUUUGUUCGCUUCUUUAACCAGCGCGGCGCCUCACUCCAGCAGCGAAUCCUGGAGCUGCUCGCUUUGGCUGAUUCAGCUGACGUUUUCCAUAAGAAAACCGUCAAGGCCUGUGUCGGUGGUGGGGUGGCCAGUGUUGCUGGGUCUAUCACUACAAUCACUGGCCUCAUUUUGGCGCCCUUUACAGCGGGAGCAUCGCUCAUCGUCACUGCUGUAGGCAUUGGUGUAGCUACGGCAGGUGGGGUGGCGUCCGCUUCAGCCAACAUCACUGACACAGUCCAUUCAAAGACAGACCGCAAGAAGGUGGAGCAGACGAUCAAAGACUACGAGGAGGAGAUGAAGGACAUCAAGGAGUGCCUAGAGUUUUUGCAGGAAGGGAUGGAGACGCUUGAGGAGUGGAACUUUGAGAAGUAUGUUGAGAGCAUCGCACAGAAGCACCUUAACAAGAACGUUGAACAUGUAAUGAAGGAGGGCGGGCGUGCCGGAAAGGCUUUAAUGAUCAACACCGAGAGCCUGAUUAGUACCGUUCAAGUCCUCAGUGUUGCAGGGGGUGCUGCUAAAGCCGCCCAAGUGAUGAGCGUUACCACUGGAGUUAUGUCGGGUCUCUUCCUGGCUCUCGACAUCUUUUUCCUGGCAAAGGAUACCAUGGAGCUAAAAAAGGGAGCCAAGACAGAGUUUGCUGCUAAGAUUCGAGAGGUUUGUAGGGACCUGCAGGAUGGGCUGCUGGAGCUAAACCGCAUCAAGGAACAGCUGCAGAAAACCAUUGAUGGAAUAGAGGUGGAGGUAGACGAGGGGCGAAGAGGAUGAAGAGCUUUUAAGGUCCGAGUUAAAGAAACUCGCAGAAUUUGACGAAUGAAGGCUGGUUAGAAAACCAAACCAAAGCCUGUCUUAAUCCUAACACCACAAACCCAAGCAAAUCUUGACAGUUAGACAAAAACAGUCACUCAAUUAUCACUGUAAUUGUUUCUCCCAAGAGCGUUUUCCCUAGGUUUUUGGCCGGGAGUUUAGGGGUCCUCCCUCAAAAAAAUGUGAUGUUUUUCAAUAAAUAAAUAAAGAAAUCACAUCA